AUGUCUUCUGAACAUCUGGGUGAAGACAACUCGAAAAAUGUGUUUUUCUCACCCAUAAGCAUCCCCUCUGCCCUGGCCAUGGUCUUCAUGGGGGCAAAGGGAAACACCGCGGCCCAGAUGUCCCAGGCACUUUCUCUAAGCAAAAGCAGCGGCGGAGGUGGAGACGUCCACCAGGGUUUCCAGAACCUUCUCACCGAAGUUAACAGGACCGGCACACAGUACUUGCUCCGAACCGUCAACAGGCUCUUUGGAGAGAAGACUCAUGGUUUCCUCCCAUCUUUCAAAGAUUCCUGACGCAAAUUCUACCAAGCAGAGAUGGAAGAGCUGGACUUUAUCAGUGCUGUGGAGGAAUCCAGGAAACACAUAAACACCUGGGUAGCCCAAAGGACAGAAGGAAAAAUUACAGACCUGCUGUCUCCAAAUUCAGUGGACCCCAUGACUUGUCUGGUUCUCGUGAAUGCCAUCUACUUCACAGGAAACUGGGAGAAUCAGUUUAACAAACAGCACACCAAGGAAAGGCUGUUCAAAGUCAGCAAGAAUGUGGAGAAUCCUGUGCAAAUGAUGUUCAAGAAAUCCACCUUUAAAAUGACCUACAUCGGAGAGAUAUUCAUGAAGAUUCUGGUGCUUCCUUACAUCGGCAGGGAGCUCAAUAUGAUCAUCAUGCUUCCCGAUGGAAACACCGAUUUGAAAACGGUGGAAAAGGAACUUGCUUAUGAGAAAUUCGUCGAGUGGACGAGGCCGGACCUGAUGGAGGAGGAGGAGGUGGAGGUGUCCCUGCCCAGGUUUAAGCUGGGGGAGAGCUACGACAUGGAGGGCGUCCUCCGCACCCUGGGCGUGACCAACGCCUUCGAGGACAUCAGGGCGGAUUUCUCCGCGAUGUCGGCCCGGAAGGACCUGUGCCUGUCCCGGGUGCACAAGACCUUUGUGGAGGUCGAUGAGGAGGGCACGGAGGCGGCCGCGGCCACCGCCGCAGUCCUGAUGCUGCGCUGCGCCAGAAUCACCCCCAGGUUCUGUGCCGACCACUCUUUCCUCUUCUUUAUCCAGAACAGCAAGACCAGCGGGUUUCUGUUCUGCGGCCAGCUCAGCUCCCCGUGGUGA